GGGGUCGCGGGUCGAGUUGGCUAUAUAAGGGUGGUGAGUGGAGGGAGAGCGUCCGUGAUCUGAGCAAGAUUGCAGAGAGGGAAGGCGAGAGUGGAACGCCAGCGCACAAGUCUCGGGACCAUGGCCCCUGGAGUAGUGCCCAAGGCUGCUUCACUGCACUCGGGGGGUAAGUCUCAUUAUCCAGGCGGGGCUUUGUAUGUGCCAGGGAAGUGGUCAGCCCGGCCUCAGAAAGAGCCCCAGCUGGACGAGGGUGUGGCUGCAGAGAACACAGAGCUGGCUGCCAGAGGGGAAGCUUCUCUGUGCUGGAUGGAACCUUACGGCAUCGGGGCUGGUCUGCAGAACCCGGGGAACGCCUGCUACAUGAAUGCAGCCCUCCAGUGUCUGACGUACACCCCGCCACUCGCCAAUUAUCUGCUGUCUCAGGAGCACUCCCGCACCUGCCAGCGCCGUUCAGAGCUCUGCACGCUCUGUGCUCUGGAAAGUCACUUCACUUGGGCUCUGCACAGUCCCGGCCACGUGAUCCAGCCCUGUCAGGCAUUGGCUGCUGCCUUUCACAGAAACCGCCAAGAAGAUGCUCACGAGUUUCUGAUGUUCGCGCUGGAUGCCCUCAGGGCAGCAGGUCUGCCUGGCCUCAACUGCCAGCUGGCGCCCACUGAGGACCAGCCUCUAAGCCAUCAGCUAGCUGGAGGCCACUGGAGGUCUCGAGUCACAUGUCUCCAGUGCCAAGGCACUUCAGACACAUGGGACCCUUACCUGGACAUCGUGCUGGAUAUCCAGGCCGCCAAGAAUGUGCAGGAAGCCUUGCGGCAUUUGGUGAGCCCGGAAGAGCUGGACGGGGACAACGCCUAUGAUUGUGCUGCCUGCCUCAGGAAGACGCCUGCCUCCCGCACACUCACCUUGCACACGUGUGGGGAUGUGCUCGUCUUGGUCUUGAAACGCUUUUCUGACUUCACGCGUGACAAAAUGGCCAAGCCGGUGCACUAUCCUGACCGUUUGGACAUGAGGCCUUACCUGUCUCGGCAGAACGGGGGGCCACUGGAGUACAGGCUCUAUGCUGUCCUUGUGCACGUGGGCUUGCGUCGUGACCGAGGACAUUACCUGUGCUACGUCAAAGCUGGCGACGGCCGCUGGUAUGAGAUGGAUGACGCCAAGGUCACCGCCUGUGGCCUGGCUUCGGCCUUGAAGCAAAGUGCCUACGUGCUCUUUUACGUGCGCAAGGGUGGAUGGGACGGGGCCAAUGGGCAAGUGUCACGGGGCCAGGGAGCGCCCGCCUCUGGGCCUCGAGAGAGACACGACGCCAGGACCCCAGCAGAGCCUGCAAAGCCUUCCGACCCGGAAGCCGAAGAAGGCCGGCAGCACUUGGAGCAGAGGAUGCAGGAACUCAGCUUAGAUGAGUGGAAAUCCCUGCAAGAGCAGCAGCGGCCCAAGGGCUCCUUCAACCUCAGGAGAGUGGAGCCCAGCCUGCCGAGCAAGGCAGUCCUCAUUCAUCAGGCACGACCCAGCGUGCAGCCGACCAGCCAUCCUGCGCCACACGAACGCUCCUGGCAGUGCAGCUCAGCUGGCCAGCCAACACAUCAGCUGCCCGAGAAUGCCAGCCAGCUCCCCGGCCAUCAUCCCCCGCUGGUUGCCAUGUGGACAGAGAGCAAGGUGAUGGUGGUAAGUCCAUCCUCUCCCAGCGCUAUGGAGAAGAGCAGGUGA